AUGCUUCUUUCAAUUUGUUGCCGCAAAGGCAGCGCAAAGGGCAGAGUUGUUGAGGCGCACGUUUGUGGGGCAGGCCGCCGAACCGCGAUGGCCACCGCACAGGCAUUUUGCUUGGGGGCGGGGCAACGUCCCAGCGGCGUGUUCAUUUUAUUUUUGCCCGGCAUCUGCGCCAGACAUGGUGCCCCACGCGGAGGGCGCGUGUUCAUCGUGGAGGGGGGAGAAUUCCAUUUGUUUGAUUUUGAAUGGGGCCACCGCACGGGGCUUGCCGCGCUGCAGGGUGGAAGGGUUUCCUUCACGGUGUUGUCGGAGCCCGGAGUCUCCUCGGAGGCUUUUUACGGCGGCCACGGCAGCCCUCCGUGCGGGAUGGACAGAACACGAGGAGCGUGA